GGAGCUGCCCUCGACCACCCAACGUCCGCUGGGACAGUGUGUGACGAGGGUCCAGUCGUCCGUCUGUUGUGCUUGUUGAACAAGGUGCCGUCGGGGCAUCGUGAUGGAACACGUGUCGCAGGAGGUUCGUGGCAAGACCUUGAGCAGGGUGGAGAGAAAUGCGGUGGUUGCAGCAGUGUCGGCGGUGGCCAUGCGAUGUCGCAUCGAGAGAACGAUGGCGCAGUUGAGGACAAGAGUGUCUAUCCGCAGGCAGCGUGAGCUCCUCCACCACGUGAUGGCGGCGCCAGACUGCGUGUCCAUGUCCGAAUCCAUUACCCAGUUUUGCGCCGCCAUGUCAUCCGGGGCGAUACCGCGGGUGACUCCAAGGUGGUGGAUGCGGAGAAGGACGGGUGGCACGUGGGAGGAUCUGCGGAAGAUGGACGACGCCUCGGACGAGUACCACAAGGAAAAGUUGAGGAUGACCCCCAGGGUGUUCAUGGAGAUCGUGGAGGCGUUGUCUCCUCUUCUGCAGCGGCGGGUGACAUUCUACAGGGUUCCUUUGCAACCAGAUCACAUCAUCGCAUAUGCGUUGUACCGAUGGGCGAGCGGUGAGACGUACGAGAGCAGCACGUUGUCAUUCGGAAUAAGGGAGCGCAUCCGGGUUGAUCGCAGUGGAGGACGUUACGAGGGCGCUCCUGAGGGUGGCUUUCCCAACUGCUAUGGCUGCAUAGACUGCACGCAUGUUUACGUCGACAAACCGACGAACGCUCCUUCGAAGAACUACUUCCACCGGAAGCAUCAUUUCUCCAUUGUAGCGCAGGUGGUGGUGGACCUGGACUUGUGCAUCACGGAUGUUUUCGUCGGUUACCCAGGGAGCUGCCAUGACAUUCGGGUGCUUCAGCUCUCCAGUCUGUGGGCGCGUGCGGAGGAGGGGGAUCUUUUCCGUGGAUCUCCUGUUGUGCUGCCAUUCGGAGUGACGACACACGGUUACAUUCUGGGCGACAACGGGUAUCCGCUGCUCGAGUGGAUUGUAGUGCCGUACGGGGGGACCGAUCAAAUCCCCGACGAGGAGAGGUUCGACAACAAGCAAAAGGUCGCCAGGGGAGCAGUGGAGAGAGCUUUUGGGAGAUUGAAAGGGAUGUGGAGGUUGUUCCUCCGCACACACAAGACGAAUAUGGACUGUCUCCCACAACAGUUCCAGGCCGUGUGCAUUCUGCACAACAUCCUCCUUGACGCUGGCAUGGAGUUCGACGACAACUUGCUGUGGGAGGUCUAUGCUAAUGGCGUGCGGCAGCGAGUGGACUUGGGGUUGGAUCAUCCACCCCACCCCAUUGCUGAGAACUUCAAUCGGCCCCGUGCGUUGGCGCUACGCGAGGCGUUGGCGGAGCGGAUGAAACACGCGCGAAGGCGCGCACCGCGUCGACGGCACGUGGCUCUGCCGUCCUUGUGGAGGUCGUUCUGUGUUGUUUAGCUGUUGCAGGCGUGUGCCGUGCCCUGGGGUGUUGUGUACGUUCAGUGCGGGUUGUAAUUGAUCGCUAGU